AUGGAUUUACUCUCCGUACCUAGACACCAAGCCGCACUCGGCUGGACCCCUUGUAAAGCUUUCCCGCUAUCCACUGAACCCGACACUCAUCAUUGCAAGGACAUUUUGCCAAUCCCAGUCAACCGCCAAGAGUGUUCUCCCGUAGUGCCUGACGAAGAGUUCAUGGAUAUUCACUGGCGCAUUGCCUUUGCUAGCUGGACACCAAUUAAACAAGUUCUAGGCGACAACUUCGUCUCCCCACAGAUUAUGGACUACCGAGCCAGUGACUUGAUGAAAGUUUCGCAACAAGACACCGCAGAGAUGUGGAAUGGCGCUUUCGGGCAUAAAUUCCACGAUAAUGCUCACCCUAGACGUCGUCUCGGAGUGCAAGUUUUCUCCGGUUUAUGUUUAGCUUUCUCAGUUGCCCUCUUCUUCCAUUUUUGGUGGACCGGAACCUCAACAGCCGGAAUCAGUCAUUCAGCUGUGAUGUUUCUUGCACCAGGGUUUCUAUUCAGCAACAUUAUCGACACUCUUCGCGACCCAAACUACUCGUUAUUCAACGUUCCUAUGGCCUGUGUGAUACCACUUCUUAUGGUUUAUCGUGCAUUUCGUGUCAAGCUUAGCUGGCGUGGCUGGCGUCCAACCGCAAUUCGAUCAGCUGCAGAUCACAAAGAACGCACUACAGAGCGAUUAGACAACUUGACAUCAUGGCGAAGCAGAUUUGUGGUUUUCGCGGUGUCUGUUGUCAUACAUCAUCUUUUGAAAGACAUCUCCCUGUUGGAAACAACCCUUCCCUCUCCCCAGCCUGGCGAAUAUGGAACCUGGGCAGAGAGUAAACUGCUGGAUUAUUUGGAAUCGGUGCCAGCGUCACUCUGUCUGACAGGCUAUAUCUUCCAGUUCUCGUUAAACCGUAGACUUGGCCGAUAUGCGGGGGGUCACCGUCUGGAGGUAGUCUUCUGGGUGUUGGGCAGUGCUUCAGAUUUGUUGUACUUCGUGCCCCCAGUGGUCGGAGAGAUGCAGGCACGAAUGGGAUUGACGGUCAAACCGUUACUCGAUAUUUCUUUUCGUCUACCGUUGUUGUGGCAGGCAGCAACACUGCCGAUGUUAGAACCGAAUGACGAUCUGGAGUAG